AUGCCAAUAUAUGAAACGAUUGGUUAUGGUGAAACAACAUUAUGUAAAGGUUUAGCCGAAACAAUAUCAAGACAAGUGAAAGAAUUAUUUAAUAGAUUUUAUUUUUAUGAAUUAAAUGCUGUACUAUCAGAUGCUUUUGUUCUUUCUUUACAAGCUGCUUAUUUUCAUAAUCCAACAAAAGGCAAUGUAUCUGAUCAUUUGCAACAGAUACAAACAAAUGAUCCGCAACAAAAUCAUCAAAUUAAUGUUACUGAUGAUUAUUAUACUGUUAUUAUCAAUGCUAAUCAAAUUUUUAAAUGUCCUGUACAUAAAUGA